AUGUCGCAAACCGUCCCAACAAUCAUCACGACUGAGGCUAACGACGACAAUAGUGCUGGUCCCUCGCGGGUAGCCUCCCCUCAUUCUGCCGCUCCUUCGUUUGAGAUCAAUGUCGAGUCCCCCGAUAACCAGGUCCUUCUCAGUCCAACAUCUCCAACAACAACUGGUGGUCCACUUCUUCGGGCCCCCUCCUCUGGUUCACAUGCCUCUUCCUCCUUAUCUUCGGCUGGCCCUCACACACCAUCCUUUGACGGCGAAAGCAACCCUGAUCCACAUAUUGUCCCCCCCAGCCCAACAAUUUCCCAACUCUCCUCCCCAUUCGAACAGCCUUCAACCACUCAACUCCGCUACAAUGAUCCAGAUAUCAAUUCCGGAAAAGGCUCUCUACUACUUCUACCUUCUGGAAAGGGACUGCAUGAGCGAAAACUUAGCUGGACUACAAGUGGCGCUAGUGCAGAAGACGGUACUGAGCCAGAUCAUGCUGCUAUUGGACCGCCAACACCUGUCGAUGAACUUACAAUUGAGGAGACGCGCGCCCCUUCCUCUACUUCUUCCCGGCGAGGAAAGGGCCACAAAGGGAAGGAGAAUGAAGACGCGCAGAGAAAAAGGGACGAAGAACAGAAAGGAACUAAAGACACCCAGCUCGAUAUUCGUGACAAUGAUGAAUCAUUCGACCCUACUCCGUUUGGAUUUAAGCCGAAGGAUUUGGCCGACAUGCUCGACCGGAGGAAGCUCGAGCAGCUGGAGGCUUGGGGUGGGAUAGAGGGUCUGCUUGCUGGUUUAGGGACAAACAGUCGACGAGGCUUGAGCUCGGAUGGUGUUCCUCAAAGUGUCGUCGUGCACGGCGAGAAAGGCUACGUCAGGUCCGAUUCGAUACCGCCCCUUCUGCCUGCAGCUGCGGACGAGCGCUUGGCGGCGAUGGCUGAUCAUAGGAAAUUUGAAUCGGGAAGUCAGCCGCCGGGUGUUGGAGGCGGCGAUGAAAAGUGUGAGCGGGCACAGUACAAUCCCGCGGCUUACACGACAUCGCUGGAUGACCGACGAAGAGUAUACGGAUCGAAUGUCAUUCCAGAGUGGAAAAGCAAAAAUUUGUUACAACUCAUGUGGCUUGCGCUCAAGGAUCGUGUUUUGGUCAUCCUGUGCAUUGCUGCGGUUGUUUCACUUGCGCUCGGAUUGUACCAGGACUUUGGGACGCCUCGCGAACAUACGAUCUGCCCCGACGGAACGAAGAACUGCCUUGCGCCACAGGUCAACUGGGUUGAGGGGGUCACAAUCCUUGUUGCGGUGGCUAUUGUCGUUAUUGUGGGAAGCGUCAAUGACUGGCAGAAAGAAUUGCAGUUCAGGGCUCUCAAUGCUAAAAAGGACGACCGGUCCGUUAAAGUCCUUCGGGAUGGCAUUGAGAAGGUCAUUAAUGUGAAGGACGUUGUGGUUGGGGACGUGUGCUUGAUGGAGCCCGGUGAAAUUAUCCCCGUCGAUGGAGUUUACCUUUUUGGCCACAAUGUUCGGUGUGAUGAGUCCGCCGUCACGGGGGAAUCGGACACGAUCAAGAAGGCGACUUAUGAUGACUGUAUUGCUGAGUAUAGAGCUCAUACGGAAACCGACGGGCGUGGGGAACAACUCAGUCGCGUCAAAAAGGACCCUUUUGUGAUCAGCGGCAGUAAGGUCCUCGAAGGCAUUGGUUCAUACGUCGUCAUAGCUGUGGGAGAGCGCAGCAUGAAUGGCCGGAUACUCAUGGGUCUCCGAGGCGUCACCCCAAACACACCACUUCAGCUCAAAUUGAACGUUCUUGCAGAAUUGAUUGCCAAGAUUGGUGUUUUGGCCAGUCUGGUUUUGUUCACCGCCUUGAUGAUCAAGUUCUUUGUUGAACUUCACACGCAACGGAAUCGAACCUCGAGCGAAAAGGCGAUAAAUUUUAUAAACAAUCUGAUUAUCUCGGUUACUGUUGUUGUUAUCGCGGUCCCUGAAGGUCUUCCCUUGGCUGUCACACUUGCCUUGGCAUUCGCCACCAAGCGUAUGACAAGGCAAAAUUUGCUCGUCCGAGUUCUUAGCUCCUGCGAGACUAUGGCUAACGCGAGCGUUGUGUGCACUGAUAAAACAGGGACACUCACUCAGAAUGUCAUGACCGUUGUCGCGGGUGCCCUGGGUGUAAAUGGAAAGUUUGUCCGUGACCUCGAGCAGAACCAGACCCGCCAGAACGUGGGUGAGGAGCGCGUUGUCAGCCGAGAGGAACUGGAUAUUACCGAGGAGGAGGGUACAGGGGAACGCAAACACAAGGAUGACUUCGCCAUCGAUAUUACUAAUGUCAACAGCAUUUUGACUCCGCAACUACAGACCCUUUUCAAUGAGGCGAUUUGCAUCAAUUCUACCGCUUUCGAGGACAUAGAUCCAGUAACUCACCUUCCUGUUUUCGUUGGAAGUAAAACCGAAUCGGCGCUAUUGCGAUUUGCAAAGGAACUCGGUUGGACUGACUACAGGCGGACCCGCGAUGGUGCCACGGUUGUUCAAAUGAUUCCCUUCAGCAGUGAACGAAAAGCGAUGGGUGUGGCCAUCAAGCUUGCUAAUGGCAAAUAUCGCCUGUAUCUCAAGGGGGCCAGCGAGAUUCUAACCAAGGAGUGCAAGAAGCACGUUGUUGUUCAUCAGUCUGCUUCCAUGGACAGAAAGGGCAUCGAGACACACAACAUUGGUUCUCUUGAGAAAGAUAAUAUUUCUCGGACGAUCAUUUUCUAUGCGAAUCAGAUGCUCCGGACGAUUGCGCUUUGUUACAGGGACUUUGAUCAUUGGCCGCCUGCCGCAGAUUUGGAUGAGCCCGACAAUGUUCCUUAUCGAUAUCUUGCGCAGGAAUUGACGUUGAUAGGCAUUGUGGGUAUCGAGGAUCCUUUACGUUCUGGUGUGCGCGAGGCCGUGGCUCAAUGCCAGAAAGCUGGGGUUGCGGUCAAGAUGUGCACAGGUGAUAAUGUUCUUACGGCUCGGUCUAUUGCGAUUCAAUGUGGUAUCUAUACUGCGGGCGGUAUUAUCAUGGAAGGUCCCGCGUUCCGUUCGCUAAAUCACGCCGAGCUAUUGGAGAUUGUUCCGAGGCUGCAGGUUCUUGCUAGAUCGUCUCCAGAAGACAAAAAAUUUCUGAUCACAAAGCUAAAGCAACUUGGGGAAAUUGUAGGCGUUACUGGUGAUGGCACCAACGACUCUCUCGCUUUGAAAGAGGCUCAUGUUGGUUUCUCCAUGGGCAUCGCUGGCACGGAAGUGGCCAAGGAGGCAUCAGACAUCAUUGUUAUGGACGACAAUUUCGCCUCCAUAGUCUCUGCCAUCAUGUGGGGUCGUUGCGUUAAUGAUUCUGUGAAGAAGUUCCUCCAGUUCCAGAUUUCAGUCAACAUUUCUGCUGUCAUCGUCACUUUCAUCACCGCGGUCGCAUCUCAUGGCGAAACCUCGGCUCUCACGGCUGUUCAGUUGCUGUGGAUUAACCUCAUCAUGGAUACCUUCGCUGCUCUUGCCCUUGCCACUGAUCCAGCUCAUCCAGGUCUCCUUAACCAUCAUCCUGACGGCCUAACUGCGCCCCUAUUCAGCGUCGACAUGUACAAGCAGAUCAUUGGUCAGUCUGUUUACCAGAUCGUCGUCAUUCUCCUUUUCCAUUUCGCCGGGAUGAAGAUCUUCAAGUAUCACGGUCUGUCCGAGUAUCAGCAGAAUCAGAAGUCUCUCGAAAUUGGCACUCUCGUCUUCAAUGCCUUUGUCUUCUGCCAGAUAUUUAACUCGCUUAACAGCCGGCGGUUGGAUAACAAGCUGAACGUAUUCGAAAACAUUCUCACUAAUUGGUACUUUAUCUUUAUUACUUUACUUGAGGUUGGCGUCCAAAUCAUGAUCGUUUUUGUCGGUGGCUCUGCGUUCCAAGUCACGAAGCUAAGUGGACGCGACUGGGGUAUUUCACUUGCACUCGGUUUUGUUGCUCUUCCACUUGGCGCUCUCAUUCGUUGCAUCCCGAACAAACCUGUCGAGAAGUUCUUUAAGUUCUGUGGGCUUAUCGAGGAUCCAAAAGCUAACUUGUUCGAAGAAUGGAACACUCCCGCGAUUAACCAAGUGCGAGAUAAUCUUGCCACCUUUGCGAAGAUACGAGGUGGUCGAUUACGCACAUCGUCGUUUGUUGGCAUGGGCAGGUCUCAAAAACUUCGGAAAGCUGGUAUUCAGCUUCCUUCGCUGCUCGCCAUGGUGCCUACCCUUGUUGCUUCUACUGUCGGCGCCGGCUGGGUACCUGCAAGAGCAGUAGAUCUUGCUGACCCAGCUCACGAUGAUCCUUCACGUUCAUCUACUGCGCUCUACAAUGGAGCUAUUCAAAUUCAUCCUGACACUCCCCUCGAUGAUCCACUUUGGCAAAAAUUCGGGACACGUUCACAGCAGGUAUGA